AGCCGGCGGCGCCUGGGACACGCCAUUCUCAUAGUUUAAGCGUACUUUUUGCUUUUCCUGGAUAGUCAGAAAGAUGUCGGAGACCGCUCCAGUGGCUCCUGCUGCUCCCGCGCCUGCAGAGAAAACACCUGUAAAGAAAAAGGCGAAGAAGACGGGCGCAGCUGCUGGGAAACGCAAAGCGUCCGGGCCUCCGGUGUCCGAGCUCAUCACCAAGGCUGUCGCCGCCUCCAAGGAGCGCAACGGCGUGUCUCUAGCCGCGCUCAAGAAGGCGCUGGCUGCCGCCGGCUACGAUGUGGAAAAGAACAACAGCCGGAUCAAGCUGGGGCUCAAAAGCUUGGUGAGCAAGGGCACCCUGGUGCAGACUAAAGGCACUGGCGCUUCGGGCUCCUUCAAGCUCAACAAGAAGGCGGCCACCGGGGAAGCCAAGCCCAAAGCUAAGAAAGCGGGAGCAGCUAAGCCUAAGAAGUCUGCUGGGGCAGCCAAGAAGCCCAAGAAGGCUACCGGAGCAGCCACCCCAAAGAAGACCGCCAAGAAGACCCCCAAGAAAGCCAAGAAACCGGCAGCGGCAGCUGGCGCCAAGAAGGUGGCCAAGAGCCCGAAGAAGGCGAAGGCAGCCAAGCCAAAAAAGGCCGCUAAGAGCCCGGCCAAGGCCAAAGCCCCCAAGCCCAAGGCAGCCAAGCCUAAAGCCGCAAAACCCAAGGCUACAAAGGCCAAGAAAGCCGUCUCCAAGAAGAAGUAAAAUUGUGGCGGGACCUCCUGCUUUGCAAACCUAAAGGCUCUUUUCAGAGCCACCCACUGCUUUCAGGUAAAAGGGCUGAACCUAAUGUUUUUCGGUGAAUUCUUUUUUAAACUUGCCGCCUUCGUGUGAUUGGCUGAGACUGAAUGCGCCAGGGGGCGCGCGCGGAACUUUUGAGCGCUAAAUGGCUCGGAAAAGAGCCUAAAGAUACUCGGCGACGGGAUAGUGUUCUCAACCCUUUUCUUGCCAUCGGCCUUGUGACUCUUGUUCUACUUUGGUUGGUUGGAUGUUGGGCUGGACACCGCCCUGCGCCAUGGUCACGCAGCUCAGGUUAUUGACCUCCUCGUUGGGGAUGGCCUGCUGCAGGGUGCGCGGGACGAUGCGGCGCCUUCUGGCUAGCCACCUUGGCCCGCCUGCCCCAGGAUCUCGUCCGUCUGCUCCUCCGGUAGCACCAGCACGUACACGGCCGCUCUGGCCCCGACCCGCUCGGAGCAAUUGCCCUUGAGCAGACGGUGCGCUCGUCCCACCAGGAACUGGAGCCCGGCUUGCGAAGAGCGGGUCUUGGCCUUUGCUCGCGCUUUGCUGCCUAGUUUCCCAGGUCGAGACACGUUAGGAAAGAGUGCAGUUUGAGGAAGAGGUUGUUCUAGUUUCUAGAUGUUUCUAAAAUUUCCAUUCCCAUUGGUUUGCAGUGGCUAUUUGGGAGCCAAUCAGAACACACUUCAGGACUUUGAGAGGAAAUACCGCGCCAAUUAGAGGUUGAGAUCCUAACUUGUGCAUAUUACGAAGCCUUAGAAAAGCUUAGAUUUUUUGUUGUUGUCGUUGUUUUGGCUUAUUUAAUGCUGUCCUUAUUUCAGGGGAUUAUUCAUCGUAUUAUUCUGCCUAAAUCUGUAUAAUUGUUGCUACCACCCUGAGGCUAAGGGACAGUGAGAAGUGUAAGUCACCCCUGGCUGGUUAUGAUUUACCUUUUUCUUUGCCAAAUCCUCUCCCCCGCUGAUGUUGACUGCACCCAGUGAGCCACAGUUGGCAGUCUAUCUUGGUGAAUAGGAAGGGAGAAAAAAAAAUGCUUUGGGAAAGACCACGAUAUUGCUUGGAGAGUUCUUGGAGCUGGGGUUAACCAGGUCAAAAUAAAUGGGCUCUAGGAAUUUGGGUUGAUUGGGCCUGAGAUUUGGGGGAUUUUUUUUUUUUUUUUAAAUUUCAGGGAAGGUUGCUUUUACUGGCAAAUCUUAACAAAAAUUUGAGUUCUGCAGAUCAUUAGGGGCUUGUAAAUAUAGAUGAGGGGAAAUUGCAUCUUUAUUUUCGCAGCUAAGCAUUUUCUUCAAGUAUACCUGUAGGCAACAAUGGUCUUGCCGUACCCGUGAAUUUCAACAGUGGCAAUCAGAUGUGUUUGUAUCACUUUGAACAUAUUGCAGAUUCUGGUGAAAUAAAGUUUACGAAAUUAGGCUGAGUAAUUGAAACUGACCUUUGUCAUUACACUUGUUGCUCCUUUUUUUGAUGUGACCAAUGAAACACAUUAGACAUACUUAAUAAAUACAUUUUUACAACUGUA